UUGGGGUGGAUGCCAACAACUGAGAGAAUAUUGUUUUUGGUUUAGUCAUCGGGCGACAGCAUGAAAGGUGCACGCGUUCAGAUGCUCAGCUGACCCUGGCUUUUUCCCCCCCCCUUGGCGAUAGCGGGAGAUGCUGCUGGAGUUGCUUUGGCGCCAUUCCGCUCUCUCUGUCUUUAAUCUUUCCAUGUUGGGACAAUACAUUUAGCGAAUGGAGAUGUGAAGAGGCUUAAAGUAUGGCAUGCAAAGAUGGUUUCUGCCAAGAAGGAGAUGGUAACUGCGAUGUACCCCAGUUACAUUUCGACUCUCUUCUACUUUUUCUGCUUGAUUGCUUGUGUAAAGAGAAUCUCUGGAACGAUAAAAAAGGAUGACAGAAUAUAUCCCGAGAAUUUCACACGCAUUUUAGACAGACUCCUGGACGGGUAUGACAACAGACUGCGACCUGGAUUUGGGGGUCCGGUGACAGAGGUGAAAACAGACAUUUAUGUGACAAGUUUCGGGCCUGUCUCUGAUGUUGAAAUGGAGUACACCAUGGACGUGUUCUUCAGACAGACAUGGGUCGACAGGAGGCUGAGGUAUGAGGGUCCUAUUGAGAUCCUCCGACUCAACAACAUGAUGGUCGCCAAUGUGUGGACUCCUGACACCUUCUUCAGGAAUGGCAAGAAGUCUGUGGCACACAACAUGACUGCCCCCAACAGGUUGUUCCGCAUCAUGAAGAACGGCACGAUUCUUUACACCAUGAGGUUGACUAUCAGUGCAGAGUGUCCCAUGAAGCUUGUGGACUUCCCCAUGGAUGGUCAUGCAUGCCCUCUCAAGUUUGGAAGCUAUGCAUACCCUAAAACAGAGAUGAUUUAUACCUGGACCAAAGGACCACAGUAUUCAGUGGAGGUUCCCCCAGAAUCAUCCAGCCUAGUGCAGUAUGAUCUCAUUGGCCACACUGUCAGCAGUGAGGAGGUCAAGUCAAUCACAGGUGAAUACGUGGUGAUGACAGUUCACUUCCACUUGAAGCGGAAAAUGGGCUACUUCAUGAUUCAGACGUAUAUCCCCUGCAUCAUGACAGUAAUCCUCUCCCAAGUGUCCUUCUGGAUAAAUAAAGAAUCGGUCCCGGCUCGAACAGUCUUCGGCAUCACCACGGUCCUGACCAUGACCACGUUAAGCAUCAGCGCGCGCCACUCCCUCCCCAAAGUCUCCUACGCCACCGCCAUGGACUGGUUCAUUGCCGUGUGCUUCGCCUUUGUCUUCUCCGCACUCAUCGAGUUCGCUGCCGUCAACUACUUCACCAAUGCAGAGAUGGAGAGACUGAAAAGGAAGCCGCCAAAAUGCCCGCCGGCGCCCCAAACAACCCCAGUGAAAGUGAAGGAUAUGGAGGAAGUUCUGCAGCAUAACCCUGACACCAAUGGUAACCUGCGGAAACGGAUGAACUAUAUGUCCCAGCAAGAUGGCCAGAAAGCCGAGUCAAACAGCACAACAGCGGCAAGAGGGGUAACCAGGAAACAACCCCAGUCUGGCCAAUCAUCUUCAUCCAAAGGGGCAACUGGCGGCGCCAUCAUCCUACCACACUCCAGCCCCGGCCCCGCCAGCCAACCCAACACUUCCUCCUUGACCCUGUCUGCCAUGAACACGCCCCUGGCUCCACCCACAACUGAAAAAGCAAUGACAAUACUAGCCAACCAGAGCCAGCCCACCGCUGACUCCUCGCUCCGGGACCUUCUAGGACCCAGACUGGAGCACAUUCAGCUGAUGGGCAAAAAUGAGCCCAAGCAGUCGCCAUGCUCCCAGCCGACCACCGCCAGUAUGGGUGGGACCAGUAAAAUCGACAAGUAUGCCCGCAUCCUGUUCCCGGUGUCCUUUGGCGCAUUCAACAUGGUGUACUGGGUGGUUUACUUGUCAAAAGAUACCAUGGAGGCCAAAUUUAGAGGCCAAAUCUAGUUUCUAGCUCCUCUUGGGGUCAUUUUGGGAAUCCCUUUCUCCAAAAUGUCAAAUGACAGGAGAAAAAGAGCUUUGGAGACAUGGGAGAUUAAAUCAUUUUUCAACUAACAAGGAAACCAAAUAUGCUGGACAAGAGCCUCAAAAGAUUACACCCAGGAAUACGAAUCUCUGCACAUCUGUUUGUUUAAUUUCCGAGAGGUCUUCUGAGAAUGAGCAUGGUAAAAAACAAACAUAAAACCAUUUUAAAAAAAUGUCUGAUUCAAACAAAUAUCACAACUAUGGCCAUAUCCAAUAUGCAAUACAGUAACGGUUUGAUGGAUUGGUUAGUUGUCUUAAUGUUAGUGAGUACAGUAACACCUGAUCUUAGCGUAAACAGCUAAUAGGUCCCUCUAGUCUUGGCAGGCAUUGCUCCAAUGACAAAGGACAAGGACAAUAUCACUGAAGACGAGCUGGUCACACAAGUCGCAAGGUGUCGAGCAUAUGAACAAGAAGAUUUUGGGUGUACUUUCUCCCUUAUUGAUGACCAGAUGUAAAUGACUGGGUAUGUUGUCAUUUGUUCUGGUAUCAAAAGUAGAUACACUUUUGUCCACUCAAGUCUAAUUUGCGCUCCCAAGUCUGUGCAGCAAACCUCGACCAAGCUUUGUUAAAUAGCAUAGAAUGAGGAUACCAAAUACCAUAGGUGCUGGCCUAUUUACUUCACUCAGUACCCUACAAACAACAUUUCCAGGGGGUAAUGUUCAUCUAAGCCCCAUUAGUUCCCUCCAAAAACAUUCUAGGAAGUCUUUGUUUGAACGGUCAACUAUGAAACGAUGAGCGUUUUUUUUUUUUACAUGGUCAGUUUCUGGAACAUUGUGUACUAAUGUAUUCAGUCAAUAUUCUUCAUUCAUGUUAACUUACAAAGGAACAUAUUGUAGGAACCCUUUGGUUUGGGAACGUUUCCUCUGAGUUCGGGAGUGUUUAUUUGUGAGCAAAUGUGGGGCCUGAUUCAUACGGUUUUGUCCGCUACCUGUUAUUGUUAUUGUGCAUCAUGUGUGCAGAGGAAGAGUCAUUCCCCAUAACCAAAUUCCUACUAUUAAUGUAGAAUGCCGUGCACUACCAUGAGUCCAUCGGGACACGCCCAGAAGUUCUGUUGGUUACCCACAGGGCGAACGACGUCAUUUCAACAUGGAAAUGUUGGUAGUAUUUGGUUGAGACGUUGAUCAAUAAGAUUUCAACCUUUAUUCACCCACUCAAAAAGAAAGCCAUGAGUUUGUUGAAUUCCCAAUGUGUUAUCACUAUGCUUUUAAAUCAUCUAAAAGCACAACCAAAUUCCAAUGGGAAAAACCAUGUCGGAUUUUUGGUUUAGUUGUCAUCUAAAUGUGUUAUUAGUGCACGUUCAGCCAUUUAAAAAGCAGAACAAAGUUCAAAUGGAAAUACAAUGGUAGAUGUUGUAUUUAUACAAGAACUUCAUGUGUUAUCACUGUGCUUCAUCUAAUAGCAGAACCAAAUGACCUGGGUUGCAGUUGAGAUGACAUUAGAAGUACAUGAUGCAGAUGAUGCUGGUUGAGAUUCUGCGCAGAUUAUUAUAGCAAUUGUGAAGAUCUCCACAGACCAGCGACAUUUGCACGCUGUCUUGAACAUGCACGCUUUCUAUGAUCACAGAAGACAUUUAGUAACAGUAACCUCAAUGUGGUCAUAGAUGUGUUACUCAUAUUAGGUUAAACAAAUACGGUUACAUUAGUUUGUAAGAUAGCCUUAACUUCAUGCUAUUUACUGUAUUAUAAAAGUCAUGUUGAAUUGUGUUUGUGUCACCAAAUAUCAACAUUUAAAGGAGAUGUUCUGUAUCCAAUGAUUGGAAAGUUUCAUCUGAGCCACUUGGCUUAAUCCGAUUCUUUAAGUUUUGGUUGUGAUGGAGGUAUAUAAAUGAUUAAUUUGUAGACAAACCAGAAUUAAAGACAGUCUGUCAGUGGCAGACAACUAUCCAAGCAGAAAAUACAUCUCCUUCAAAUGUUAAUAUUUGGUUGCGUUGAAUACCAAACACAAUUCAAUAUCCAGCUCAUCUAAAAAUGAAUAAUUUGUUACAGUGAGGGGGGGUAGUAUUUGAUCCCCUGCUGAUUUUGUAUGUUUGCCCACUGACAAAGAAAUGAUCAGUCAUAAUUUUAAUGGUGGGUUUAUUUGAACAAUGAGAGACAGAAUAACAACAACAAAAAAUCCAGAAAAACACUUCAAAUGUUAGAAAUUGAUUUGCAUUUUAAUGAGGGAAAUAAGUAUUUGACCCCUCUGCAAAACAUGACUUAGUACUUGGUGGCAAAACCCUUGUUGGCAAUACCAGAGUUCAGACAUUUCUUGUAGUUGGCCACCAGGUUUGCACACAUCUCAGGAGGUAUUUUGUCCCACUCCUCUUUGCAGAUCUUCUCCAAGUCAUUAAAGUUUCGAGGCUGACGUUUGGCAACUCGAACCGUCAGCUUCCUCCACAGAUUUUCUAUGGGAUUAAGGUCUGGAGACUGUCUAGGCCACUCCAGGACCUUAAUGUGCUUCUUCUUGAGCCACUCCUUUGUUGCCUUGGCUGUGUUUUUGGGGUCAUUGUCAUGCUGGAAUACCCAUCCACGGCCCAUUUUCAAUGCCCUGGCUGAGGAAAGGAGAGAAAAACACCCCCAAAGCAUAAUGUUUCCACCUCCAUGUUUGACGGUGGGGAUGGUGUUCUUUGGGUCAUAGGCAGCAUUCCUCCUCCUCCAAACACGGCGAGUUGAGUUGAUGCCAAAGAGCUCCAUUUGGGUCUCAUCUGACCACAACACUUUCACCCAAUUGUCCUCUGAAUCAUUCAGAUGUUCAUUGGCAAAAUUCAGAGGGGCAUGUAUAUGUGCUUUCUUGAGCAGGGGGACAUUGCGGGCAUUGCAGGAUUUCAGUCCUUCACGGCGUAGUGUGUUACCAAUUGUUUUCUUGGUGACUAUGGUCCCAGCUGCCUUGAGAUCAUUGACAAGAUCCUCCCAUGUAGUUCUGGGCUGAUUCCUCACCGUUCUCAUGAUCAUUACAACUCCACAAGGUGAGAUCUUGCAUGGAGCCCCAGGCCGAGGGAGAUUGACAGUUAUUUUGUGUUUCUUCCAUUUGCGAAUAAUCGCACCAACUGUUGUCACCUUCUCACCAUGCUGCUUGUCGAUGGUCUUGUAGCCCAUUCCAGCCUUGUGUAGGUCUACAAUCUUGCCCCUGACAUCCUUGGAGAGCUCUUUGGUCUUGGCCAUGGUGGAUAGUUUGGAAUCUGAUUGAUUGAUUGCUUCUGUGGACAGGUGUCUUUUAUACAGGUAACAAGUUGAGAUUAGGCGCACUCCCUUUAAGAGUGUGCUCCUAAUCUCAGCUCGUUACCUGUAUAAAAGACACCUGGGAGCCAGAAAUCUUUCUGAUUGAGAGGGGGUCAAAUACUUAUUUCCCUCAUUAAAAUGCAAAUCAAUUUAUAACAUUUUUGACAUGCAAAUUUCAGGAUUUUUGUUGUUGUUAUUCUGUCUCUCACUGUUCAAAUAAACCUACCAUUAAAAUGAUAGA